AGCCAAAUUUUACCUCAGGUUGUUUACAUACUUUCGGUGGUUCCGAAAAGGAAGGAUGCGGAGAACGUUCGCAAGUGAUUACGGCUAUUAAUUGUCUCGCUUUUGUCCGGUUUGUGUUGUUUCUGCAGCAUCAAGCGUUGGUCAGUUCCCGUGGUUCGCUAGUAACGCACCCAGAUUUGGAGGUGCUAGCGGACACAAAAUCUUUCUGCUCCACUCGGUUCGGUGAAGGAUGACGUGUAGGAACGAUUUGAUUAGUGUUUGAUCAUCUUGUUUUACUACACCCCCAAGUCCCCAGCGGAGAUACGUGGAUCUGCAAGGUACAGCAGUUUCUUCGCUGUCCAAUUCUAGCCAGCGACCUUUGUCAAAUUUGAUCAUCAUUUUGUUGUGUUUGUGUGCGGGACGAACACAUUGUACCCGCUUGCUGUGAUAUCUGACCCCAGGUGAUCCGAGGACAACUUGUGCCACGAUGACGAACACGAAACCGACGGCUACCUGCCGGUUGAAGCAGGACUAUAUGCGUCUAAAGCGCGAUCCAGUACCCUACAUCACCGCAGAACCGUUACCCUCGAACAUUCUCGAGUGGCACUACGUGAUUAAAGGGCCGGAAGAUUCACCAUACUACGGUGGUUACUACCACGGUACACUGCUGUUUACAAAAGAGUUCCCCUUCAAACCGCCGUCGAUCUACAUGACCACACCGAACGGCCGCUUCAAGACGAACAAACGCCUCUGCCUCAGCAUAUCGGACUUCCAUCCGGACACCUGGAACCCGGCGUGGUCGGUGGCCACCAUUCUGACGGGGCUGUUGAGCUUCAUGCUCGAGACUACCCCGACGAUGGGUUCGUGCGAAACGACAACGUACGAGAAGCGUCGUUACGCGCAACAGUCGCUGGCGUUCAACAUGAAGAACGAGGUCUUUCAGGAGCUGUUUCCCGAGAUCUGCGAGGAGAUCACGGAACGAUUACAGCAGCUCGAAGAGCAACGAAAGCAGCAAUCCGCAACCGCCAAUGGGGACAGUGCCGCCAAUGCCAGCAACGGUGAAGCGCCUGGCAGCGCUAACGAUGGUACCGAAACUGUCGACGGUGGUCAGUUCAUCCCCGGGCGGCCCGGUGCGGACGACAGUAACAUUUGGCAAUCGCUUUGCACCAACUUGGUCGUGCUGGGGGGUUUCGUGGUGUUUGCCUGUAUCGUACACUAUGUGAUCAAGAGCAUAAACAUUUAAUAGACGAUUCCGGGCUUUAACGUAGGAGACGAUCGACUAUUGAAUACGAACCGAGCGUGUGGAGCGUGGGCCCUCUCCUGUGAUCGAUGCAGACGAGCGAGUUCCACUUAUAAAACCCCCCCAAAACACGUUGGCCAAUGGUGCUGUAUGCGACGAGAGUACGAGAUGGUAGACCGCGGCACCGGUGUGAGCUAAUUGUUACGCUUUAAUUUUAAAUUAUCACCGUUAAAUGAAUGGUUCAGGAACGCACGAACGGCGAAGGAAGUAUUUCAUUGUAGCUAGUAGCAGCGAGUGCAUGCAGCAUGUCGGUGCGUCUAGGCGUGCAGGGCCGAUCUCGUCGUAGAUGCACCAUGCAAUACCAAAAUUCUAAGAAACGUGUCAGCUGAGCUUUGGAAAGGCUCAAAGAGGCAAAUGGAUAACAUGAAUAGGCUUGGAAGAACUCGAGUUACACGUAAAUGUAAUCCCGUUGGUCUGUUUCUUCUGUCAAGGGGACGGUAGACAGGUACAGCUGCAUUGCUUUAUCCAAACCGUAGCGUGGCGUGUGCAUUGGAACUGUUCGCUGAUGCUCAGGGGGCAGAGAACAUCAACGCGUGAAGGUGCAAGAAAUGUUAAAAGGAAUCGCGAAAGAAACCAAUGUAAUAUAUUAACAUUACC